AUGGCCUGUACGAUAAUGAAGGAGGGUCUUUUUUACAUUGUAGUAUCCACCGGAUUUUGGUUUAUGAGCCGACAUUCGUUAUACCGACAGUACGUCGUGGGUCCAGUAAUGCGUCCUUUUUCUUCCAGGAAUACGGUACCAGAAACAAUGCUUGAAACAGUUAUCUUGCGCAAAGAGCCAAUUAGGUUGACGUUCAGUAAUUUUGUCAUACCGAGUAUAGAAAGUGAGGACAAGCCCUGGCUGUGUAUGGCUCGUUGUUUGGUGGACAGCAAAGGAAAGGCAGAUGACGGGAUGAGUGAGUGUAAAGAAAACCGUCGCCAGUCUUUCCAUUCCAAAAAGAAGUUCCCCAAGGGUUUAAACGAUCUUUUACAGAAAAUAAUGAUGGCUGAACUCAAAGAAUUGGAAACCCAAGGCAUUUUACAGGCUCCAAUAUGCCAAAUUGCGUAUUUAUACAACGGAGAUGUGGCAAUGACAACGCUGCUUUGGAAACUGUUACUCGUCGUCUAUUUUCCAAACAGAUGUCUAUAG